AUGCUGGACAGCGGUAUUCCAGGCCAGGAUGGUGGUUGGGGACGUGCGGUUAUUCGAAUACCGAGUCACGAGUCGCUGGGCGCGCAAAAGCACAGUCCUGCAGCGUUUGAGGCUGAGGUUGAGGUUGAGGUUCUAUCUAGUUGCUGGGAAGGAUCCCUCGCCGCGGGUCCUGGGAGGAGGAGGAGGAGGAGGAAGAGGAGGAGGGGCCUGAUGACACAGGGCGCAAUUGAUAUACGGCGCUGCGAAACGGCUUCUGGAGGGAAAAGUCGUGUUGUGUUGUUGUGUGUGCUUCGGUCUAUGGAAGCUGCUCUCGUUGCCUGCUGA